UUGAUGUCAUUAAUUAUUUACGCUAAUGAGUAUUUAAAAUUUUUUAAAGUAUAUACUAAAAUCGAAUCCAUAUUUUUUAAUAUUAAUUUAAUAAUUUAUUAAAUGUAAUUAUUUUAAUUGUAUGGAUUAUUUAAAGAUCAAUGAUUGUGAACUUUUCAAGUGGCAAUUACUUAAUUCAAUUACCGACUAUGGUAAAAUUUAAAAUGAAAUUUUAAUUGUCUAUUUUUUUGUGUUUUUCAAAAAUUUUUUACAACCAUUUCAUUUUUUUUUCUGGUUGUUUUUUUAUUUUGUCAUCACACGGAGUUACAUUCUAUUCGAGCGAAAUGUCGAGGAUGGAUAACAGAGAGAUUGAUAUAAAUCCUACUUGUCAAUCGAGGCAAAUUCGAACGAAUAGUAUGGCACUUCCGGCAUGUGGUUCACUCGUGUUGGUCAGCGGAAAUCACCCUCAGCCACCAUUACCACGACGUCAUUCCGAAACUCCUGCGAUAUUACAAAAAACUCCACCACCAAUACCAGUUCGUAAAAAAAAUGAAAAGCCGAUAUUUAUAACGGAAAAUCGGCGCAAAUUACAAGGAAGAAAGUACAGUCUUGAUGCCAAUAAACUGGAGACUUUAGUGUCUGAUCGUCCGUUGCAAUUAAUGUGGAGGCAACAGCAGAAGCAGUACGAGGACAUUGAUAAUGAAAAACUCAUUGACCUUGAAUCAACAUCAUCUAUAUCAGAAAGUAGAGUAGAGUGUAAUAAUGUGCAUCAGCAUCAGUCGGUAUCAAAGCAUCCAGCAGCUGUUGGGGACUUGGAAACUGCUGAGACUCGUGACUUCGGCGCUCCAGGGUUUGAUAAAAAUGGUGGGGGAUUUUUACCAGAGGCUUGCGAGGUGGUAACCUUUAAGUCAAGCUUUGAAGAGCUUCAGAAAGCCGCUCGUGAUCUCGAUAAGAGGCUUCACGAGGAGAUCAUCAUCGCCGCUGAAAUUGCUCGCUCUACAACCGCCCAAGCUAAUCAACCCAGGCUCAAUAAUGGCUUUUCUAGAAACUCAAGACCGCGACGUUCAAAGUUCGAACACGAUCAGGAGGAAAACCACCAGGACUUUGAGAAGAGAUCUAAGUUUGAAGCUUUGCAAGCUGCAUCGAGGAACUUGGAAAAGCGUCUUCAAGGUGAACGUGAAAUUCAAAAGCAGCAACUUGCCAAGGGAAAGUAUAAUUCCGAUAUGGAGAGAGCACGUAAUAUAUUACAGAGUAAUUUACGUAAAGAACGAGUGGUUGAACGAUUAGAGAAAUUGCCAAAGGCCACUCAAACGAAUUUACCCCCGCCCCUUAGUUCUAUCUGUCAGAAUCCUUUACCCAACAAUAAUAAUAGUAAUAAUAAUAAACCAACAAGCAUUAGACAAGACAGCAAUGUGUCGUCAGACAGCUUCAGUCAAACAAGCUCACCUAGUUAUACCAGCAAAACAAUGGAAGCUCCUCUUCUGCCUCAUAAACAUAUUUUUAGUAAAAUUCAAGGUAGAAUUUCGACCACAGAACCCGAACCACCAGGUAGUCCGAUAACGAAAUCAAUGAGUACACCAGCAAGCUUACAAACAAUCGUCAGGUUUCAUAGUGGAAGUAAUAUGUCAUUACAUCACAGGAUAAUACGAGACAUGAGAAGACCUAGUAGUCAUUAUGUAUCCAGAGGAAGAUUACGCUUUCGUAUUGCUCAAAUCUUAAUUAAUGUACUUGCUCUUAUCGCUAUCACCGGAGGCUUCUUAGUGUAUUUUAAAGUAAAUCCACAAGGUGACAUUAAAUUUGUCAAUGAAACAAUUAAAAUACCUGCAGUAAUUUACCCCCCUAGACAAACAUUUUUAGCAGAACCAAAAAACCCAGCUCCCGGUAUUUGUCUUCCAGUUAUCGUUACUUUUUGUCUCUAUCACAAGGUACCAUACAACUUUACUGUUUUUCCAAACUACAUGGGUAACUUUCAGCAACGUGACGCACAGCAUGAGUUGGAAAAUUAUGAAGCAGUAGUUGAUGUCAGGUGUUACGAGCUUGCCGCAUUAUUUCUAUGUAAUGUCUUUGUUCCGAAAUGCGGAUCACGUGGUCAAGUUGUGCGGCCAUGCCGUAGUCUUUGUAAUGAAAUGACAAGACGUUGCGGAUUUUUUUUAACCGUUUUUGGAUUAAAAAUACCGGAUUAUUUAGCUUGUGAUUUUUUUCCUGAAAAUUCUGACCCCGAUGUUUGUGUUGGUCAUCAAGAGGUCAUCGAUGCUGCAGAAAGAGCCAAAAAACCAGUUUGCAUCAGUGGUUUUCAAUGCGACGGUACCAGAUGCAUUCCGCUCGAUUGGAAGUGCGACGGGCACGUGGAUUGCGCCGAUCGCACUGACGAGAUUGGAUGCGGGGAUUGUGAACUUUCUACCUCUUCUCUCUCUACUACUAUUACUACAACCACUACCAUUACCUUGCAAUAUUCUUCUGUCCUUGGCACUAGCAGUAGUAAUAACAAUAAUAAUAAUAAUAAUAAUAAUAAUAAUAAAUUGUCAAUGUAUGAUAUGAUUGACAAGCCAACACUUCACUGCGGCGAAAGAAGAUGUAUGGCAGAUUCACAUGUUUGCGACGGUGUAAUGGAUUGUCCUUGGGGACAGGAUGAGAGAAAUUGCAUUCGACUGAGCGAGAUGAAUGGAGACAAGGGUAAAGGACGUCUACAAGUUUAUAAUGUCAAAAAUAGUACAUUUAUUCCUGCUUGCAUAGCUCGUUGGCAAUCAUCACUAGCUCAAUCUAUUUGCAAUCUUUUAGGAUAUUCAGUUGUAGAUUCAUCAUAUCUCAUAAUGAAGAAUAAUAAUAUAUCGGUAAAUGAACCACUAAUCGACACGUCUCAGCGCUGGAGAUUAGCACAAAAAAGUGAACGGAAUCUUUUAAAAGAAUUGCAAUCAUGUACCGAUCAAGAUGAUUAUCCAACAGUCGAUUUAUCUUGUUCUGAAUACGCGUGCGGACGACGUAGAUACCAUUACGGUAAUCUCAAAGUUAAAUCACGAAUUGUCGGAGGCGUUGAAUCAGCGCCUGGUGAUUGGCCAUUUUUAGCGGCCCUAUUAGGCGGCCCCGAAGAAAUUUUUUAUUGCGCUGGUGUACUUAUUUCCGAUCAAUGGGUACUGACAGCUUCACAUUGUGUUGGAAAUUUCAGUCAUUCAAAUUUGUCUGAUUGGACGAUACAAUUGGGAAUAACGCGACGUCACGCGCAUUCAUAUUUUGGAGAAAAAUUAAAAGUUAAGAGAGUUGUACCCCAUCCAAAUUAUAAUUUGGGUGUUGCGCAUGAUAAUGAUGUCGCACUAUUUCAAUUGAGCAAACGCGUUGGUUUUCAUGAGCAUUUGAGGCCUGUUUGCUUGCCGAAAGCAAAUAUUGAACUGGCACCUGGUACUAUUUGUACUGUUAUCGGCUGGGGUAAAAAGGAGGAUACCGAUGAUUCGCAGUACGAGCCAGCGGUCAAUGAAGUUAAAGUACCUGUUUUAGAAAGAGACCUGUGUAAUGCUUGGCUGGAGCAUAAAGAAUUGAAUGUUACCGAUGGUAUGAUUUGUGCGGGUUAUCCGGAGGGUAAGAAAGAUGCUUGUCAGGGUGAUUCUGGUGGACCACUUCUUUGUCAAUCAGAGGACGAUGAGGAACGUUGGUUUGUAGGUGGAAUCGUUAGUUGGGGAAUAAAAUGCGCUCAUCCACGUUUACCUGGUGUUUAUGCUUAUGUACCUAAAUACGUACCCUGGAUACGUGAAGAAAUAGCUAAAUAUUCAAAUAAAAAUUACGUAGAUUAAUUACUUAAUAGUAAAAAAAAAAAAAAUUAAAUACUAAACUAAUAAAAAAUACUUUUAUUUACAUAAAUUGGACAAUAAAAUAAUUAGUAGUUGAAUAUAUAAAUUAUCUAAUCAUCGAUACUGCCGCUAUAAAAAAUGAAUAUCAUUCGCGAUUGAUAAAAAAAUAUAUCGAAAUAAUUUAAAAAAAUGAAGGAAUCAUUGAUAAAUAAACAACAAUGAUAACUAUGACAAUAAGAUAAAUAUUUUUAAAUAAUAAUAUUUUGGAAUAUUUUUAAGAGUGAUUAAUACAUGGAUUAAUCAAAAUUAUAUUGCAAUUUAUUGAUAAAGAAAAAUUGAUGAUUGAACUAUAAAAUAAUUAACGGCCAAAAUAAUGUUUUUUAUUUUGGCUUUGAGAUGACAAUGAAAUAUUUUGAAACAUAGUAAAGAUUAAAUAAUAAUAAUA